AUGGCGAAGGUACAGGUGCUUAAUGUCGCUGUACUGGACAACCCGAGUCCAUUUGGAAAUCCUUUUCAGUUUGAAAUCACGUUUGAGUGUAUGGAAGAUUUACCCGAAGAUUUGGAAUGGAAGAUAAUCUACGUCGGCUCAGCUGAGAGUGAGGAAUACGACCAGGUCUUGGACUCUGUUUUGGUGGGCCCUGUACCAGCUGGAAGACACAUGUUUGUGUUUCAGGCGGAUGCUCCAAAAACGAGUCUCAUUCCAGAGAGCGAUGCUGUAGGAGUGACUGUCGUCCUCAUAACAUGCACAUACUCUGGUCAGGAGUUCAUCCGAAUUGGUUAUUAUGUCAAUAAUGAAUACACUGACCCAGAACUACGAGAAAACCCACCUCUGAAACCUGACUACUCCAAGCUCCAAAGGAACAUUUUGGCUUCCAACCCACGAGUGACUCGCUUUCAUAUUAACUGGGACGGACUGGCUGAAAAGAUGGAGAACAUCGAGAACGUGGACCCGUCACCCAACAUCGGUGGCAUGCUGCCGCCGGCUUACAUACCGGGGAAGGCGCCACCUUUUGGACUAAUACCUGACAAUUCCAUGGACUGCAUGUAA